GGCGGCGGGGGCGCGGGCGGCGCCAUGCAGUACCAGGCGGCGGGCGCGGCGCCGACGGCGGCGGCGGCGGCCCUGGGCGUCCCGCUGUACGCGCCCACGCCGCUGCUGCAGCCCGCGCACCCCACGCCCUUCUACAUCGAGGACAUCCUGGGCCGCGGCGCCGCCGCCGCCCCGCCGCCCCACGCCCUGCCCGCCCCGCCGCCGCCGCCGCCGCCGCCGACCCUGCCGUCGCCCAACUCCUCCUUCACCAGCCUGGUGGCCCCGUACCGGACCCCCAUCUACGAGCCGACCCCCGUCCACCCGGCCUUCUCCCACCACCUCGCCGCCACCUACGGCGCCGGCGCCUACGCCGGGCCCCUCUACUCCUUCCCCCGGAGCGUCGGCGACUACCCGCACGCCCUGCUGCGGCAGGACCCCCUCGGGAAGCCCCUGCUCUGGAGCCCCUUCAUCCAGCGGCCGCUGCACAAGAGGAAAGGGGGCCAGGUCCGCUUUUCCAACGACCAGACCAUCGAGCUGGAGAAGAAGUUCGAGACGCAGAAAUACCUCUCGCCGCCGGAGAGAAAGCGCCUGGCCAAGAUGCUGCAGCUCAGCGAGAGGCAGGUCAAAACGUGGUUUCAGAAUCGCAGAGCCAAAUGGAGGCGUCUAAAGCAGGAAAACCCCCAGGCCAACAAAAAGGAAGAAGCCGAAGGCGCCGACGGUCACUGUGCCCAGCGGCCCGAGAGCUGCCCGAGCCCCGAGCGCAAGGGCAAGGAGCUUUCCCUCGACGGCUCGCACUUCACCCCCUCGCCCGCCUCGCAGGAGGACCUGGAGUCCGACGUCUCCGACGACUCCGACCAAGAAGUGGACAUUGAAGGCGACAAAGGCUAUUACAACCCUGCCCACUAAUGGCCCCACGCUGCAGAGUGGACCCUAACGCGGCUUGCACUUUACCAGGCGCUGGCUUUAAACAAAAUGUGGUUGCAGGAGAAAACUGUCACCGUUCCCCUGGGGGGAAAGAAAAACCAAAAAACAGACUCGUUUUUUAAUAAGUAGAGAAAGAGAGACUUAUUUUUCACAAACAGUCCUUUUUUGGAAGAUCUCUAAUUUGGUUAAAGGAACAGAUCUGUGGUUUGUAUUUAAUUUGUAAGAUAUAUUUGUACAUUAAUUAAUGUCCUGACUGGAAUAUAAUACUGCAUCCUGCCCAUACUCACUGAGGGGUCUGAAUCAGCUGCUGUCCACUGACAGCAAAACUCCUUUCCGUCUCGUCUGGAAGUGAGUAUGGAUUGUAGGAUUAAGCUCUUUGUAUGUGUAUACAAAUGUAGUUUAAAUAAAUUAAUUUAAACGCCCUUCCCAA